AAAAAAAAAAGCAUCCCAACUAAAAUUCAUAAAUUUCCCCAAUAAGGUCCCUUCACUUUAUUCUCAUAAAUCUUUCUGAACUUCACAUUAUAAAUUUAUAUCUUUUUAAUUCUAUUUUCAUGUGCCAAUAAUAUUUUCUGUGGGCUAGAAGAAAUAAUAACAACAUGGCAUACUGUCACAGCCAUAAAAAUAUAAUUCCAUAUUGGCUUUUGUUACUACUACUAUUAGUAGUAACAAGUGUAUCCAAACCAAUAACUACUCAUCAAAAAAUCCCAGCAGUAAUAGUGUUUGGAGACUCAUCAGUGGACUCAGGUAACAACAACUUCAUUCCAACAAUAGCCAGAAGCAAUUUCAAGCCUUAUGGCCGCGAUUUCCUCGGCGGUUUCCCCACUGGAAGAUUCUGCAACGGACGCCUUCCAUCGGAUUUUAUAUCCGAGGGGGUAGGCCUCAAGCCAAUUGUACCUGCAUACUUGGAUCCAGCUUAUAACAUAUCAGAUUUUGCUUAUGGAGUUUGCUUUGCUUCAGCUGGUACAGGCUAUGACAAUGCCACUUCUGAUGUGUUAGGUGUAAUUCCUCUAUGGAAAGAGGUGGAAUACUACAAGGAGUACCAGAAGAAACUAAGAGGGUAUAUUGGUGAUGAGAAAGCAGAGGUGAUAAUAAGUGAGGCUCUGUAUUUGGUGAGCAUUGGUACAAAUGAUUUCCUUGAGAAUUAUUAUGCAUUGCCCAAAAGACAGAAAGAGUUCAGUAAAGUGAGUGAGUAUGAGGAUUUUCUUAUAGGUCUGGCUUGGAAUUUUGUUAAGGAAUUGUAUUUUCUUGGGGCUAGGAAAAUAUCACUUGCUGGGGUUCCUCCAAUGGGGUGUUUGCCACUACAGAGAGCCACAAAUAUUUUGGAAGACCAUGCUUGUGCAGAGGACAAGAACAGUGUGGCUAGGGAGUUUAAUAUGAAACUCAUUACUUUGGUUGCAAAUUUGAACAAGUUUUUUCCUGGACUUCAAAUCGUCUACUCAGAUGCUUAUACAGUCUUUUUAGACAUCAUAACAAGUCCUUCCAAAUAUGGGUUUGAGGAGGCAGAAGUUGGAUGCUGUGGCACAGGAACAUUUGAGAUGAGUUUUCUAUGCAACAAACACAAUCCAUUCACAUGCCCUGAUGCAAAUAAAUAUGUAUUUUGGGAUGCCUUCCACCCUUCACAAAAAACAGCUCAAAUCAUCUCACAUACUUUACUUAAAACUAGUCUAGCCAAGUUUGUUUGAGAUCUGCUGCUACUGCAAAAAUUCAUUGGUGCCUUUGAAAUCAAAAUCAUUACCAUAAGGCAUAUAUUCAUGUUCACUUGUUACUAAGUAGAUAUUUUCACAUUAUAUAGCAAUAAAAGAUUAUACUCCAAAGGAGACUAAAAUCUAAAA